UGCUAUUGACGUCAUGCUCGAUUGGCUCCGUGACAGACUCUACUUCCGCCUUGCAUCAGCAACAGCAGCAGAGCAACAAACAAACCACGCGCCAUUUCCUUGUGUGAAGCCGAGCGAGCGAGCAACAGUGAAGUUUUUGCAAUCGUUCCGUGAUAUUGACCAGUAGUGUGGUUGGCGAUUAAAAUGGACAAAAAGCCCAGAUCACAAGUUAUUGCGGAAUUCUGGGAACGGAUGGAUGAGACGAUUGGCAUUGUACCUGUGAAUGUGAAAAACGUCGUCAAUGUCCUUGAACUCGCGGCUACCAGUUGGCUCGGCGACUUCACCGAUGAUGAUGUUUCGGCCCUCGAAGCCUUGGUAUGCUGGAAAGGCGGCGAGCUCUGGACGCAAGGCGGUAAAGAUGCUUACUACGAAGGGGGUGUUUUGGAAAUGGGUGAGGAUUUCCGUUCGUUUGAAUUUUCGAAUGUGGAGAAAAAGUGGCUCGUAGCGGUAGCUGGCGCUGUAAAGCGGUACGGUCAUGAUUACUUCACGGUGGUAUGUAUAAACCAAAAUUACGAGUUCAGCCAUUGGUAAAGCGAUUGGUCUCAA